CAUGUUCAACGCCGAUGACACCAUCAUUAGGCCGCUCGAGGCUCAGGGCAUCAAGAGAUUGUACCCGCAACACUUUGAUCGUCGGCGCGAGUUGAAGAAGCUCAAUCACUCGUUGCUCGUCAAUUUCCUCGAUCUGAUAGACCUUCUUGUCCAGUGCCCCGACAGUCCAAGACGCGCGGAGAAAGUCGAGGAUCUCAGUCUAUUAUUCAUUCACAUUCAUCAUCUGCUAAAUGAAUUUCGACCGCAUCAAGCCAGGGAAACGUUGCGAGUUAUGAUGGAACUACAGCGUAGACAACGUCAUGAAACAGCGCUGCGUUUCCAGAAACACCUCGAAAAAGUUCAAGAAAUAUUGCAGCAUGCGUUACAGAUGCUUCCCGAUACAUCGGAAUUGGACUCCAAGCUUGCGAUAAACACAGACGCUAUGGAAUCUGUAGACAAUUUAGGUUUCGAACAACAAACGCAGGAUCCUUGUAGUUCAAGCGAUCGUAUUAUGUGCAAAGUGAUAGACGAUAUGCUUUCCUCGAAUGGACUGUUUUGAGUUAUCGCUCUUUAUUUUUCAAUGUGCAAAUCAAUCUACCAAGGAAUAUUCUGAAAUAAUUGUACAUAAUACACAACAGUAGUAUAAUGAUGUGCUUUUGAAAAUGUUAUUAGUUAUUUAAU